UCUAGGAAGCCGGGGCCGUGGGUCCACCAGCCCGGAGCAGCUGCAGAGCUUCAGCCUGACCGCCGCAACUCGGGCUCGGGCGCCGGCGAGAUGCCUCUGUUCACCGCCAACCACUUCGAUCAAGAUGUGGAAAAGGCCACAAAUGAGUACAACACUACAGAAGAUUGGAGUCUUAUUAUGGACAUAUGUGACAAGGUUGGAAGCACUCCUAAUGGAGCAAAAGAUUGCCUAAAAGCCAUAAUGAAAAGGGUAAAUCAUAAGGUUCCUCAUGUUGCUCUGCAGGCGUUAACUCUUCUUGGGGCUUGUGUGGCAAACUGUGGAAAGAUAUUUCAUUUAGAAGUAUGUUCCCGUGAUUUUGCAACAGAAGUACGUGCUGUGAUAAAAAAUAAGGCUCAUCCUAAAGUAUGUGAAAAACUGAAAUCUUUAAUGGUGGAGUGGUCAGAAGAAUUUCAGAAGGACCCUCAGUUUAGUCUGAUAUCUGCAACUAUUAAAUCUAUGAAAGAAGAAGGAAUUGCUUUUCCUUCAGCAGGUUCUCAGACUGUCUCAGUUGCUGCCAAGAAUGGUACGCCAUCGAACAAAAACAAAGAAGAUGAAGAUAUAGCUAAAGCUAUUGAAUUAUCAUUGCAAGAGCAGAAGCAGCAGCACACAGAGACAAAAUCUUUAUAUCCAUCUGCAGAAAUUCCAUCAAAUAAUAAAGUUGCAAGGAAAGUGAGAGCUUUAUAUGAUUUUGAAGCUGUGGAGGACAAUGAACUCACCUUUAAACAUGGUGAAAUUAUUAUUGUUUUAGAUGACAGUGAUGCCAAUUGGUGGAAAGGAGAAAAUCACAGAGGAAUAGGACUCUUCCCAUCUAAUUUUGUAACAACUAAUUUAAACAUAGAACCUGAGGCAGCAGCUGUGGACAAAUUGAAUGUAAUUGAUGAUGAAGAGGAGGAAAUUAAGAAAUCAGAGCCUGAGCCUGUUUAUAUAGAUGAGGAUAAGAUGGAUAGAGCCCUGCACGUACUACAGAGUAUAGAUCCAACAGAUUCAAAACCAGACUCCCAAGACCUCUUGGACUUAGAAGAUAUCUGCCAACGGAUGGGUCCAAUGAUAGAUGAAAAACUUGAAGAGAUCGAUAGGAAGCAUUCAGAAUUGUCUGAAUUGAAUGUAAAAGUCUUGGAAGCUCUGGAACUAUAUAACAAGUUGAUGAAUGAAGCACCAGUAUAUUCAGUCUAUUCAAAGAUCCAUCAUCCAGCACACUACCCACCUUCAUCAGCUGGAGUUCCAAUGCAGACAUAUCCAGUUCAACCACAUGGUGCCAACUAUAUGGGUCAAAGUAUUCACCAAGUCACUGUUGCCCAAAGCUACAGCCUAGGACCAGAUCAAGUCGGUCCACUGAGAUCGCUGCCUCCAAAUGUGAAUUCCUCAGUGCCAACACAGCCUGCCCCAACUCCGUAUUUAAGUGCUGGACAAGACACUGUUUCCAAUCCUACUUACAUGAAUCAGAACUCUCACCUUCAAUCAGCUACUGGUGCAGCUGCUUACACGCAGCAAAUGGGGAUGUCUGUGGAUCUGUCAUCUCACCAGAGCACUACUUCCAGUUUGCCGCGGUCGGCAGGCUUUGCGGUGGCAGCUCCAGCUCAUUCAGUUGCACAGCAGCAAACAGAUUACCCUCAGCAGCAGCCUCUUCUUUAAAAACAAACCAAGCAUUUUCUUGAAAGCCUUCCUAAGUGUACUACUUGACCCUUGUGAUUGUAAUCUGAAAAUAUUAAAAGAAGGAAAAAAUUUUUUCUCAGCUCAAAAGGCCCAUGAAUAAAUAAAGCUCAGAAACAUAUUUUACUCUA